UCUCGCGUGAUUGCGAGUUCCCGCGAGAUUACAGGCAGAUUAAAUAGGAGGAAGAAGAGCGUGUUGUUUGUUUAGGUUUUUCGCUGACAAAAUGGGGACUCUCUCCGUCUCUGUCUGUGUGUCGGGACUGCUCGUCCUCUUUGCGUGCACAUCUGCAUCUACAGAUGUGUUUGAGAGCGUCUUGGGAAACACAACAUCGUGCCACAAGUCGUGUGAAAUGACAUACAGUCUGCACACGUACCCACGGGAGGAGGAACUCUAUGCCUGUCAGAGAGGCUGCCGUCUGUUCUCCAUUUGUCAAUUUGUUCGUGACAUCGAAGAUCUCAAUCAGACGAAAUCUGAGUGUGAAUCAACCUGCCGUGAAGCCUAUUCCCAGUCUGAUGAGCAGUACGCGUGCAACCUGGGCUGUCAGAAUCAGCUUCCAUUUGCUGAGCAAAGACAUGAGCAGUUGGAGGCCAUGAUGCCUAGGAUUCACCUGUUGUACCCCCUGACUCUGGUCAGAGUGUUUUGGGAGGAUGUGAUGAGUCAGGCCCACAGCUUCAUCACCUCCACGUGGACAUUCUACCUCCAGGCUGAUGAUGGCAAAGUUGUCAUUUUCCAGACUGAACCACAAGUCAAGUUUUUCUCCCAGUUUGAGGUUGAAAAAGACUUUAGAGAGGAGCCACAGAAGAGCUUUCCCGGAUUGAGCCCAGUUUACAAGGACUACCAUCGCACUUUAAUCCAGGAGAGGGACAGAGACCUGACCGGGGACCGCAGCUAUGAUGAAUACAACCUCUUCAACUGUCUUUCCAGGAACCCAUGGCUACCAGGGUGGAUCCUCACCACAACUCUGAUCCUUUCUGUGCUAGUCCUGAUCUGGAUCUGCUGUGCCACUGUGGCAACUGCAGUAGACCAGUAUGUACCGGUUGAGAAAUUGAGCAUCUAUGGUGACAGGGAGUAUGUAAAUGAAAAGAAACUAACUCCAUAUCCAGCAUCCUCCCUGCUGAUCAUUACCUCCAAAGGGUCAGAGGAAGAGGCCGGGCCGCUCCCUUCCAAAGUCAACCUGAGCCAGUCUGACAUCUAGAAGCCAAAGCCAUAGCAGAGAAGGGAUUUCUUCUUUAAUGAAUAACAUUUGGUUGUUUUUUUUGAUAUAUAUUUUUUUUUUAUCCUCUGGAAGACAUUCUUGGGCAGGGUUUCUCGCGGUCUAAACAGGAGUAAAUAAUUGCAGAAGAUUUUGUAUAACUGAUGUAAAGUCUGGUCUCCCUUGACUGCUUUUAAAAUUGGAGUGAUGAAACGGUAUUUUUGUCUGUAUAUUGGUUUAAUGAGGCAUUAAAGUAAUCGUAAAAUAGGUUUUGGGUAUUUUUUUUCAAUUUUGAUGUGUGAAUUUGCCCUCUGUUGGUGUGCCUAUUUUUCUUGAAUAAUGGUUAAAUGAAAUGCUUGUGAUUUUAACCCAAACCCUUUUUGUCAUAUAGAUUGUGCUAAUACGGCAUACUCUCUCUCUGUACGUUCUCAUGUUUCUACUGCAAUGAUUUACUGAUAUUGGAUUUUACAAUAAAAUUCUAUGCUCUUAAUCUCAAUUAAUAGUGACGGUACACUCAGUAGGUGUUUCCUGCUUCACUGUUGUCUUUUCUCAUGAUUGAUUAAAUACAAUGG